AUACAGUAUACAUACUCUUUCAGCACUUAUUUGUAAAUCCUUCACCACAAUUUUUCUGUAUUGAAUAAAGUCAGAUGACCUAAUGGUUCUUUCCAGUUAGACUGGGAUCCGAGGAGUGAUUAGAGAUUACCAUAUAAUGAAGAAAAAUACAUAAAUGAGUAGGAAAAUUUGUAAAGUACAACUUUCCAAUUCCAUGUUUCUUACAAUUACAUCAACCGUUUGCUAACUUGUCGUCGGUGGCAUCUCUAACUACAUUAAUGGGGUCACAUCACUGUCUAAACAACGUCCGGAAAAGACCAUUUGAUUGAAAUUGAAAGAUCUAUAUAGCUAUUACUUGAAUGAACCUGAUCCUUUUGGACUUAGAGGAGAUCAUACUUUUGGUGUGAGGGAUUCGUUGGUGAUUCAUGAUUAAGAGAAACAACUUUGUUAUGAUAUCUAAAACAGUUGUGCUUUUUUUAAUAUAUAUUCCAGAGGUUUACUUUUUAAUUAUGCUUCAUCUUAUGUACUAUCUGCAAGAGCCUUGAUUUGAAUCAAGUGGAUUAAUGGAUCUUUGUUUAUAUUAAAAGAAAAUAGCCAGUAUGAAUGACAUUCAUUCAAGUGUUUUGAGUGCUAAGGGGUGAUCUGGUGUUGUAUUCAAAUUUGGCCUUAGACCCUUUAUUUUGGAUUUGCAGCUCAUAAAUUUUCUUAUUGAAACGUGUCGCCUUCUUCAAAGUACUGGUCUACAAUGGUUCAACACUCCCUCGAACUUGCUAAUAGUGGUUGCGAUGAUGAUGGACAUCCUGCAAGAACUGGGACCUUGUGGAGUUGUGUGGCACACAUAAUCACUGCUGUUAUAGGCUCUGGGGUUUUGUCCUUGGCAUGGAGUACUUCACAGCUAGGAUGGAUAGCAGGGCCUACUGCUUUGCUUAUUUUCGCUAUUAUCACCUAUAUUUCAGCCUUCCUUCUUUCUGAUUGUUAUCGUUCCGAUGAUGGAACACGAAUCAAGUCUUACGCGGAUGCUGUCCGGCAUUAUCUCGGUAGAAACCGCACAUGGUUGUGUGCUUCUCUUCAGAACCUGAGCUUGUAUGGGACUUGCAUUGCUUAUGUAAUAACAACUUCAACCUGUAUGAGAGCGAUUCAGAAAUCAAACUGUUACCACAGAGAAGGGCAUGAUGCUCCAUGUUCAUAUGGGGAUACUUCCUAUAUGCUGCUAUUUGGAGCUGUUCAAGUUGUGAUGUCACAGAUACCAAAUUUCCAUAACAUGGCGUGGCUUUCGGUUGUUGCUGCAAUCAUGUCCUUUACUUAUUCCUUCAUAGGGUUUGGACUUGGGUUUGCACAAGUCAUAGAAAAUGGGACGAUUAAGGGGAGUAUAACCGGAGUGCCUGCUGCUAGUGUGGUUGAUAAACUAUGGUUAAUAUUUCAGGCACUUGGAGACAUUGCAUUUUCCUAUCCAUAUACAAUCAUUCUUCUUGAAAUACAGGAUACCUUGAAGUCAAAUCCACCAGAGAACAAGACCAUGAAAAGAGCCUCAAUGGUAGCAAUCUUUGUAACAACCUUCUUCUACCUCUGUUGUGGUUGCUUUGGAUAUGCUGCAUUUGGCAACAAUACGCCUGGGAAUCUCCUCACAGGAUUUGGAUUUUUUGAGCCCUACUGGCUCAUUGACUUUGCUAAUGCUUGCAUUGUUCUUCAUCUAGUGGGAGGAUAUCAGAUAUUUAGUCAGCCGGUAUUUGCAUUUGUGGAGAGAUGGUUUACCAACAAGUUCCCAAGCAGUGGAUUCGUGAAUAACUUGUACACAGUCAAAAUCCCAUUGUUGCCUUCAUUCCAAAUGAAUCCUCUCAAGUUAUGCUUCCGGACAGCCUACGUUGCGUCGACGACCUUGAUUGCAAUGAUAUUCCCCUACUUCAACCAAGUACUAGGAGUGUUGGGGGCACUGAACUUUUGGCCUUUGGCCAUAUAUUUCCCUGUGGAGAUGUACUUCGUGCAGAGGAAAAUCCAGCCCUGGUCCAGAAAAUGGAUUGUUCUUAGGACUUUCAGCUUUUUUUGCUUUCUUGUCACAAUUGUGGGAUUGGUAGGAUCGAUUCAGGGGAUUGUUAGUGCAAAACUUGGAUAAGAUAUCAUUUUCAUCGCACUUGUAUAUUAGGAAGUUAGAAA